GCGGGAAAAAUAUUUUUGUCGAAGGUUAUAAAAGUUAUCUUAAAAGACACCGUCAGUUUAGUUUCUAGAGAAAAUACUUUGCUCCAGACACAUCUUUUAAAAUUUAAAAAAAAAUUUUUUAAAAAUUUACAAUGGAUGACGAAAAAGUUAUAAUGCUUAAAAGAGCAUUCUCCAUGUUUGACUCAACAAAAUCAGGAAGAAUUGAAAAAGAAAAAGUGAGAACAAUUUUAAAUACACUUGGGCAUACUUUUGAUGAUCAAGAACUUGAACAUUUGCUUCAAAAAGAAGACGUUGAAGGCAAUGGUGUAAUUAAUUUCGACUCAUUUUAUCGAGUUGCAAAUCAUUUUCAAGAAGAGGAUGAUGAAGCACUCCAGAAAGAACUCAAAGAAGCUUUCAGACUUUAUGAUAAAGAGGGAAAUGGUUAUAUUCCUACAAGUUCAUUGCGUGAAAUUUUGGCAGCAUUGGAUGAUCAAAUUACACCAGAUCAGAUGGAUGGUAUGAUUGCGGAAAUUGAUACCGAUGGUUCUGGCACUGUUGAUUUUGACGAAUUCAUGGAAAUGAUGACUGGGGAUUAAUUUUAUAAUAAUGCAUUUUAUUUUAUAGUUUUAUUAAAUUAAAAUUAUUCAUGUUAAAAAAAAUUAA